GUAGAAUUUAAUUAUGGACGACGGAAGAUAUGCUCAUUUUUUUAUCUGCAAUGUAACUUCACAAUGUAUUUUCCUGCUUGAUGGCUGUGAUGAAUCUGCACAUUUCCUUUUAAGAAAUAAACGUCUGCGAAAGCAAAGAUCUGACGCUUCUAGAUCUUGGCGGCGACUCCCUGUGAAAUCAUGAGCGAUCCGAGAGUUCAUAGAAUGCUCGGAAUCCCUACGCUUUUCCCUGGCGUUUACGCCGACUUUAUAUCACAAUAGUGGUGGGAUCGUUCGCCACAGAGACGAGGCAGGAGCGGUUCGUGGACGGCAGGUACACAGCCUGGUAGAGACUGUUCUCAUUUCAUUGAGCGUGCUCGCAACUUUCUUACGCUUUUACCUCGACCGAUUCCAGAUUUUUAUGUAGCGACGAUCAAGCGUGUAAAUGUAUAUUUCUAUAUUGACUCAUGAAAUCCGUAUUGCUUUGACAGCUACUGUUAUCUAAAGAAAAAAGAAAAAAAAACUACGCAGAAAUACAUAUUUUAUAUAAAUACAUAUAUUUCAUAAAAAAUCUUAUAAAACUUAAUAAAGCUAAUAAUGACUCGAUUAGAAUUUCAACGACGGAAUAUGAUAACAAGACUCGGGACAAGUAAUCUUGAAGAAUCCAAUCUCCUAUAUCUACUAGAAAUCUACUUUGCAUCGAGCAUCGUUUCCAUCGCUAUCGAGAAGCGAUCGUUUUCAGGACAUCAAAGUUGGAACACGUUGCGAUUGUAUUCAUCUUAAACGUGCUAGAUAAGACACAUGUGUCUCUGCGGCAAUGCUGAGCGAUUCAUGACAUCCUUCGUCGAAAAUCUCUGCGACAAAACUCAAUGGUCCUUCUCUCUCGCAUCGUUUCGGCGCCAGGUGCAACAGGCGGCAGGUCAGGCGUGUUGAGCACCGCUGCGGGUAAAACACAGGUAAUAUACCUGCCCGAGGCUACGAGUCCAUCCCCACCUGAGGUCCGGUUCUCUCUCCUUGCUCUCUCGGCCGGCUCUCCGGCUGGCUUUCCUUCGAGGUGAGUCGGGAGUCGAGCCGUUAGUAUCGUUGCCGUUGCGACAGGAAUGGUGGUGUGAUGUGCAUCGCGGUGGAGCGCGCAUCCUGAAGGACGGCGAAGUACGCGGAUAUUACGCACGGAGGCUAGUCGAACCCUCGGCUCUCCGUCGCCGAUCCCCCUUUUUUUUUCGUUCCCCGGUGCUCUCGCGGAAUCGAGAGAGCCGCGCGCCCGCGUUCUCCAAAAUCCGCCGAAGCGUGGUCCAGCUCUCUUCUUUGCAGUGCGCUUCGCCUCCUCUUCCUCGUGCGCGCUGAUGCUCACACGUACAGUCGGUAGCAAUAACCACCACGUAAUCGCGGUGAGUGCGAGGUGAAGCUAACGGAAGAGACGGGAGAAAAAGAGAGAAAGAGAGACCGAGGGCACGCGGCGACGAAGAAGAGAGUAAGAGAGCGAGAGAGAAGAUACUGAAGAUAAAAUAUCAAGAUGCCGUGCUCCGCAGUGACGCUGUCCCUUGCCACCAUAACCGGUAUAAUCGCCACUGCCCUCCUGGCGAUCGCCUUCUCCACGGACAACUGGCUCUACACCGAGGUCAAGCGCGCUCAGAUCCAGCAAUAUGCGAGCAAGCAUGCCGAGCAAAGUCAUUUGGUGGAGCAAAUGAACACGAAAUACUAUUAUUACACGAGAACUCAGGGUCUGUUUAGGAUAUGUUAUCCCAAAGAGAGACCACCAACAGUCGAGACUUAUUUGAGCCCCGUGGAGACGCAUUGCAUGAAUAUCGACUAUUUCAUUCCCGAUGAAGAAAAUCAAACGAGAGGUUUCUCUGACGAUGCGAUGGCACGAUUACACAUGGGAAGAUCCGUGAUAGCUCUAUUCAUGGUUGGCUUCCUCGCGAUAUUUUCGGCAUUCUGGACAGGAGUAGUGGGCUGCUGGAGAAGAUCCCCAGGGAACAUCACGGCCACGGCAAUUUUAAUGUUAUUCGCCUGUCUAUUGAGUGCUGGCGGUAUGGGUCUUUGGCAUGGCGUUGAAUAUUAUGAAAAAGAAAAAAUCGUCGGGGAGGAAUAUUACCAGCAAUGGAGUAAUGUCCUGAAAGACAACUCGCUAAUCUCGUACGACUGGUCGUACGUGGUCGCUUGGGUCGGCGUCGGUUGGUCGUUGGUCAGCGCGAUCUUGUUUAGCGCCGCGGCGAUUUGCUUGAGGGGCGAGAGAAUGCGCGAAGAGGCGAUGAACAUGCAGUACCUCAUGCCUGUGUAUCCGCAGAAACAGCAGUACGCAUACGCCGGAUAUCCGGCGCCGGCGGCGUACCCGGGACCGUAUUAUCACGGUUCCCAGUACGGGCCCUACAACUAUUGAAGGAACUCGGCCGGUCGGCAUCGGUGGAAAGAAAGUAUCCCGAGCGCAUCAAUGCUCGUCGCUAACAUCGAAAACAAUUUGCGUCACUUAGCAGAACGAGGACCAAAAACAUUCGACAUGAAAUCCGAGAGACUCGCCGAGGUCGAGUCGUGACGCGGAGGCAGAUCUAUCGAUUCGAAAAGAUCGCGUACCGCCGACCUCAAGUGUAAAUUUAUCCCCAAUUCAAAUUUCGUGGCUCUGGAUAUUACGUGAGAGAUGUAAACACGCCACGAAAUCCCACAAAAUACAAGCUCUUUUCUUCCCGCGAUAGACCGAUCGUUUAACUCCAUCCGACCGGAAGCAAGAACCCAGGCAACACGAAGAUCCGGAAGACGUGCGAAAGAAGUCCAGAAGGAGUCCGACGAGUGAAGGAACGUCUUUUCCUACGUCUCUUGAACGUUUGCGUUGCCCGGGAAGCUCCACUUGCGCGAGACGGUUGCUCAAAAUACGUGUACUUACACUUUAGACGAGAUUACUUUGUAUCUUUUUUUUUUCAGUUCGCUAAGUAAGAUAUCGGUUAUCCCUCACGCAUCUUUCCCGCGCGUGCUGAUCGCAAGGGCGCAAACUCGCGCUCGUGAGAGAUACGCGUACGUCGUUUCCACUGGACUCCGACGAUCGGUUUCACCGAGCUUUCUCGAAUUCCCAAUAACGAGCGUUACAUCAACGAUGCAUUCAUCACGGUCAAAAAGAGAGGGUCCCCCCGACAUAAAAUGCAGUCGGGCGAUCACCGUCGUGGAUUUAACGGCCGUUACUCGCCUCGACGAAACUCGGUAAAAACAAUCGCGAGUCGUGUAAUUGAUUCGAUCGACCACGUUGAUCGAAUUUAAAUCUGCGAAGCUUAGCUCGCGUUUACUAUUAUUUAUUUAACGCGAUCGAAGCUCAAAUCUCUCUCGAGAGGAGAGGAUCGUCGUCGAGUCGCGCGAGUACAGCAGAAAAAAAAACGGCAUCACGCUCAUGAACGCUCUCGCCUCCUUGGUAGUACCAAAUAUUAAAUAAAUAUUCUGAUUGUGAGAGCAAGCGUAGCGAUUUUGCGAAAAUAUUUGUAUGCACCGCGAACUUGGUUUUAAUACUUUUGAGCCUGGCGGAACGAUAGAUUUUAAUUGAACGUAUCGAAAUACGAUAAUUAAUUAGAAUAUAAGAGUGAUUUGAAAGGAAAUCAUGAUAUUUUUUUAUUUCCUCAGUCACUUUAUAUUAAUUGUACUUUCAAUGAAAAUCUACCGUCCCAGUCAUUGAUGUGCUUGCACGAUGCAAGAAUCAAUUAAAUAAAUUAAAAAUUUGGCUUGAAAAGGUCAAAACUACUUUCUCGGGCGUAUACGAUCUAACGUAACAUAAAACGUAAGCAUUUAUAUAAUAUGUGGUGCUACUAGGAUCGUUACUCGAUAACAAUUCGCGAAGUUCAUUUAAUAAAUAGCUCUUUUGAUAAUGUUGAUUUUUGUAAGGUUCAUUACAUCGAUAUCUCUCUAUGUAAGAUGUUUAGGAAGUAAAAAAAAUAUUUUAAUUAUUUUAUAUUUUUUAGCAAAUAAAACUAAAUUGAAAUUGCUCUCUUUUCCUCUAUACAUAAUUCAUUUCCAUAUGCAAAUAGAUUGCUCCACAUACAACACAAACGCACAUAUACACACAUACACACACACACACGCGCGCGCGCGCGCGCUUACUCAACUUUCUCUUUAAUUUAUCUCUCGUUGUAGUUUAUUUUUUAUUAGCUCCUUGUAAGCGAGCGAACCGCAAUAUUUUGUAAAAGAAUAUAAAUUAUGUCAUUGAUUAUUAUAAAAAUAUGAAAAA